ACAUGAUGAUAAUGGAAAUCAAACUACUCUCUGGAUUUACCCCAGAUGCCGAGUCUUUAAGGAUGAUCAGAGACUCUAAGGUGGUGGAACGUCUUGAAUAUACUGGAGAUCGUAUUCUUGUUUAUAUACGGGAGUUACGUAAGAGUAAAAUCACGCGCCACUUUCUAAUUCUCCAAUGUAAGCUUCCAGUGUGGAACCUGAAGCCAGCUUUGGUGAAGAUCUACGACUACUACCAGCCAAGUUACAGCGCUGAAUUUGAGUAUGCGCACCCCUGUGCUACAGAUUGAAGAGUGAAGGUCAUUACCGGCAAAAGCUUGUGGAUUGUUUAAUGAGAAUCA